AUUCGGUACUUCUUCUUGGGUUCACCAACGAAAAAGCACGACCUCUUUUUCUCUUUAUCUUUCUUCCCUUUUUCUCAUUCACGCCCCUCUUUAUUUCUUCUCAGCGACGGACCUUACUAUUCUGGUGCCGAACACUCCCCUGUGAAAGAUGAACGACAUAUUACCCAUCAAGUUCCAGGAACAUGCACAAUUGCAAAAUCUUGGUGUCAAUGCUGCGAGCAUUGGCUUCAAUACUCUUACCAUGGAGUCUGAGCGGUUUAUCUGCGUACGCGAAGUGGUGAAUGAAGCCAACCAAGUGGUAAUUAUCGACCUUUCGGAUAAUAAUUCAAUGAUGAGACGUCCCAUCACUGCCGACUCCGUCAUUAUGCAUCCCACCACAAAGGUGAUGGCUCUCAAAGCCCAGAGACAACUCCAAGUAUUCAAUCUUGAGAUGAAGUCCAAGCUUAAGUCUCAUUUAAUGCACGAGGAUGUUGUAUUCUGGAAGUGGAUUGAUCUCAAAACUCUUGGUCUUGUUACUACUAGCGUAGUUUACCAUUGGUCCAUUGAAGGCGAUAGUCCACCUGUAAAGAUGUUUGAACGCCACGCCAACCUUGCUGGCUGCCAGAUAAUCAACUACCGCACCUCGGCCGACCAAAAAUGGCUCGUAUUGGUUGGCAUUUCCGCCCAAAAUAACCGUGUCGUUGGAUCCAUGCAGCUCUAUUCUAAGGAACGUGGCGUUAGUCAACCCAUCGAGGGUCACGCCGCUGCCUUUGCUGAGAUUAAGUUAGACGACUCUCCACAUCCUACCAAGCUGUUUUCCUUUGCGGUACGCUCUGCUAAUGGAACUGCAAAGUUGCAAAUUAUUGAAGUAGAUCAUCCCGAAGGAAACCCUCCCUUCCAGAAAAAGGCAGUUGAGGUUUUCUUCCCUCCCGAGGCUGCCUCAGAUUUCCCUGUCGCUAUGCAGAUAAGCCAAAAGUAUGGUAUCAUUUACUUGGUAACCAAGAUGGGCUUUAUUCAUCUUUACGACCUUGAGACUGGCGCGUGCAUCUACAUGAACCGCAUCAGUGGAGAAACUAUCUUUGUAACUGUUGAGCAUGAAGCUUCUUCUGGUAUUAUUGGUGUAAACAAGAAGGGUCAAGUUCUUUCAGUAUCUGUGGAUGAAGCCAACAUCAUCCCAUACGUAAUUAACACCCUGAACAACACUGAGCUUGCUAUAAAGCUGGCAUCGCGUGGCGGGCUUCCUGGUGCAGAUAACUUGUACGAGCAGCGUUUCAACCAGCUCUUUUCUUCGGGUGCCUACGGAGAAGCUGCAAAAGUAGCUGCAAACUCCCCUCGCGGUAUCCUCCGUACAGUACAAACCAUCGAUCGUUUCCGUAAUUUGGCAGCCACUCCCAACCAGCUCUCUCCAAUUCUUCAAUAUUUUGGAAUCCUUCUCGAAAAGGGUGGAUUGAACAAAUUUGAGUCUCUGGCUUUGGCCAAGCCCAUUCUUCAGCAAAACCGUAAGCCUUUGCUCGAAAAGUGGUUGAAGGAAGAUAAGUUGGAAUGCAGCGAGGAGUUGGGUGACUAUGUGAAACAGUAUGACUCUAUCCUGGCUUUGUCUGUAUACUUGCGCGCCAACGUCCCCAACAAGGUUGUUAUGUGCUUUGCUGAAAACCGCCAAUAUGACAAGAUCUUGGCUUAUGCCAAGACUGUAGGAUACUCUCCUGACUAUGGAUCUCUGCUUUACAACAUUGCUCGCACUGACCCAGAAAAGGCUGCUGAGUUCGCUACCGCUCUAGUGAAUGACGAGCAGGGUUCUCUCAUCGAGCCAGAAAAGGUUGUGGAUGUAUUUGUCUCACAAAACAUGAUUCAGCAAGCCACUUCAUUCUUGCUCGAUUACCUCAAGAACAAUCGCCCCGAAGAUGCUGCUCUUCAGACUCGUGUGCUCGAAAUGAACCUUAUGCAUGCUCCUCAAGUUGCUGAUGCCAUCUUGAGUGCCGGUAUGUUGACUCAUUACGACAGAGUUGUCGUGGGCUCCCUUUGCGAGAAAGCCGGUCUAUACCAAAAAGCUCUCGAACAUUAUACCGAUGCCCAUGACAUUAAGCGCAUCAUCCCUCAUACCCACUUGAUUAAUGCAGAAUGGCUUGUAUCUUACUUUGGUACUUUGUCGGUUGACCAGACUCUUGACUGUCUCAAAGAGAUGCUGACCAACAACAUACGCCAGAACCUUCAGAUUGUUGUUCAGGUGGCAAUCAAAUACUCUGAGCAGUUGCAACCCCACAACCUUAUUGACCUCUUCGAGAGUUUCAAGAGCAAUGAAGGUUUAUACUACUACUUGGGAUCAAUCGUCAAUGUCAGUCAGGAUCCUCUUGUCCACUUUAAGUAUAUUCAGGCUGCCUGCCGCACCGGUAACGUUCGUGAGGCUGAGCGAAUUUGUCGCGAGAGUAACUAUUACGACCCCGAGAAGGUCAAGAAUUUCCUCAAGGAAGCAAAACUCAGUGAUCAACUCCCUCUCAUUAUUGUCUGCGACCGCUACGGCUUUGUACACGAUCUUGUUCUCUACCUUUACCAUAACAACCUCCAAAAAUUCAUUGAGGUUUAUGUCCAAAAAGUGAACCCUUCGCGUACUCCUGAAGUUAUCGGUGGUUUGUUGGAUGUUGGUUGCGAUGAAGAUACCAUCAAGAAUUUGCUGCUGUCUGUCAAGGGCGAACUUCCAGUUGGAAAAUUGUGUGAGGAAGUUGAGCAGAGAAACCGCCUCAAGUUGUUGUUGCCCUGGUUGAAUAUGCGCGUGACUGAAGGUAGCACUGACCCUGAAGUCUACAAUGCUUUAGCCAAGAUUUAUAUCGAUACCAACAACAACCCCGAGCCUUUCCUGAAGGAGAAUGAGCAUUAUGAUCCCCGUACUAUCGGAAAGUACUGUGAAAAGAGAGAUCCUUAUCUCGCUUUCAUUUGUUACGAGAAGGGACAGUGUGACUAUGAAUUGAUCAAUAUCACUACCGAAAACUCUAUGUUCAAGCAUCAGGCUCGUUACCUCAUCCAUAGACGUGAUGAUAGUCUUUGGGCUUAUGUACUUCAGGAGAGCAGCGAACAUCGCCGUGAGUUGAUUGAUCAGAUUGUCGCCACCGCUUUGCCCGAGUGCACUGUUCCUGAUGAUGUAUCUGCAACUGUUAAGGCUUUUAUGGCUGCCAACCUUCCCAACGAAUUGAUUGAGCUCUUGGAGAAAAUUGUCUUGGAGAAUAGUGCAUUCAAUGAUAACAAGACAUUGCAGAACCUCCUAAUCUUCACUGCCGUCAAGGCUGAUCCUUCUAGAGUCAUGGAUUACAUUUCCCGGCUGGACAAUUUCGAUGCUACCGAUGUAGCCGAAGUGUGCAUUGGCGAGAACUUGAAUGAGGAAGCAUUUGCCAUCUUUAAGAAGCACAAUGUCAAUGUAAAUGCUAUCGAUGUCCUCAUUGAUAGAAUUCAGAACCUUGACCGUGCCUAUGAAUUUGCUGAACGCUGUGAUCAGCCUGAGGUGUGGACAAAGUUAGCAAAGGCACAACUUGAUAACAUGCGUGUCAAGGAUGCUAUCGAUUCCUACAUCCGUGCCAAUGAUACCUCUAACUACAUGGAAGUCACCCGCAGUGCAAUGAUGGACAAUAAGUAUGAUGAUCUUGUUCGUUAUCUCCAGGCUGCCCGUAAACACUCGCGUGAACCUUACAUCGAAACCGAACUUUUGUACGCAUAUGCCAAGACUGACCGUCUUGCUGAUCUUGAAGACUUUUUGGUAUCCCCUAACCUUGCCCAGGUCCAGCAAGUUGGUGAUCGCUGUUUCCAGGACCACAUGUUUGAGGCUGCCAAGGUCUUGUACAGCAACAUCUCAAACUAUGCCAGUCUUGCAUCAACCCUUGUCCAUCUCAAAGACUAUCAAGGUGCCGUGGAUUGCGCUCGUAAGGCUAACAGCACAAAGGUCUGGAAAGAGGUCAAUGCUGAGUGCAUUAUUCAGCACGAGUUCCGCCUUGCCCAAAUUUGCGGUCUGCACAUCAUUGUACAUGCCGAAGAAUUAGACGAGUUGGUAAAGACUUAUGAGCGUAACGGCUUCUUCGAUGAGUUGAUUCAUCUGCUCGAGACCGGUCUUGGUUUGGAGAGAGCACACAUGGGUAUGUUCACCGAGUUGGCAGUUUUGUACUCCAAGUAUGCCCCAGAAAAGAUGAUGGAGCACUUGAAGUUGUUUGUUGCUCGUAUCAAUAUUCCCAAGGUUAUUCGUGCCUGUAGCGAAACCCACUUGUGGCGUGAAUUGAUUUUCCUGUACGUCCACUAUGAUGAAUUUGAUAAUGCUGCCACUGCUAUGAUGGAGCAUGCCGCUCAGUCCUGGGAGCAUUCUGCUUUCAAGGAUAUUGUUGUCAAGGUGUCCAACGUUGAGUUGUACUACAAAGCUCUGCACUUCUACCUCAAUGAACAUCCCCUUCUCCUCAACGAUCUCUUGGCUGUCAUGGUACCUCGUAUCAAGCACAGCCGUGUUGUGAUGGUGUUUGAGAAGUCAGACAACAUUCCUCUCAUCAAGCCUUAUUUGGUAUCUGUUCAGCAUGUCAACGACAAGAAUGUGAACAAGGCUUUGAAUGAGUUGUAUAUUGAAGAAGAGGACUACGAGUCUCUUCGUGACUCGAUCGAUCACCACGAUAACAUCGAUACUGUCGAUAUUGCCCAGAGUCUCGAAAAGCACGAGCUGUUAGAGUUCCGUCGUAUCGCAGCUCAUUUAUACAAGAAGAACAGACGCUGGAGACAAUCUAUUGCUUUGUCCAAGCAGGAUCGUCUCUUUAAGGAUGCUAUGGCGACUGCCGCAGAAUCCAAAGAUAGAGAAGUUGCCCAGGAAUUGUUACAAUACUUCAUUGAGGUUGGAAAGCGUGAAUGCUUUGCUGCUAUGCUUUAUUCUUGCUACGACCUCUUGCGUCCUGACAUUGUUUUGGAACUGUCAUGGCGUCACGGUCUUAACGACUUUGCCAUGCCUUACAUGAUCAAUAGUUUGAAGGAGCAGUUCAAUAAGAUCGAGGUCUUGGACAAGGAUGUCAAGGAAUUGAAGGAGAAGGCUGAGAAGCAGGAAUCAGCCAAUGAGAAUGUCUCCAACAUCCCAAUUAUGGGUGGUAUGGGUGGUCCUUUGAUGUUGACAGGUGGUCCUGGUGGCAUGCUUCCUCAGCAAUCACCAAUGAUGACAGGAGCCUCUUCCCUUUAUCCCUCCCAAGGUCAAUCCUUUGGUUUCUAAGCAAAUAUCCGAAAAUCUCUUCCUCCUUUUUCUUUCUUCUAUAUUUACACCUCCCUCACUUACAUGUAAACACAAUGUAAAAAACAAAACUCGUUUUGUUUUUGUUAUAAGCUUCUCUUUUAUAUGGAUAAUUAAUCCAUCCUCUUUAACUCAAAAAAAUAUACACAAUAUUAUACUAUUCUUCUCUUUU